AUGAACACGGACUCCUGGCUCGCCAGCGUGACGUCUGGGUCAGCCUUCAUCAGCGCCUUGAUCCGGGACAGCGGCAGCUUGGCCAGGGGCUGCCGACACCGCGACGGCCGCCGCCGCCGCCGCCAUCCUCACUGCCCGGGAACUACAGCAGAACCCCCCGCGACUCGAGGUGAAAGUGCCGCAAACUACGCAGAUGUCGCGCAAGCCCCCGGCCUGAGCGUGGAGAGUGCCUUACGAAUACAGCCGACUGUGCGAACAGAAAUGAAAGACCCGCAGCGAACAGGGAGCAAGGCCAGGGACGGGGUGCAGCCCAGGUGCAGGGAUGUUUCUCCGCUGUGGAGGCGCGCGGAAGGGCGCUGGCCCAGGCAGCUGGAGCAGGAGGAGGUGGGGAAGGAGCAGCACGCCGUUGCCGUCCCCCCCAAGGCGGGGCCCCAGCCGGAGGCGCAGCCAGUGAGGCGCACUCAGCUUGAGAAGGUCGUCUACGACAUGUCCCACAACGAGCGGGUCGUGAACGAGCUCGUGCUCGGGCGGCGGAUCGGCUUCUACGAGCUGCGCGGGGAAAUCGGCACCGGGAACUUCUCCCACGUCAAGCUGGGAAUCCACGCGCUGACCAAAGAAAGAGUUGCUAUCAAGAUCAUGGACAAGACCAAGCUGGACAAGAAGUGCCAAAGUCUCUUUGUGUCUGAGAUCGCCUGCAUGGAGAGACUGUCCCACCCCAACGUCGUCCGGCUCUACGAGGUGCUGGAGACCUUGAAGAGGCUGCACCUCGUGAUGGAGUAUGCCAGCGGAGGGGAGCUCUUCUCCCGAAUCAGCACCAGGGGGCGCCUGUCCGAACUGGAGAGCAAGCUUGUGUUCGCACAGAUCGUCUCUGCCGUCCAGCACAUGCAUGACAACAACAUUAUCCACAGGGACCUGAAAGCGGAGAACGUUUUCUACACAACCAGUUACUGUAUCAAGAUUGGGGACUUUGGCUUCAGCACGAUUAGCGGCCCUAAUGAGAUCCUCAACACGUUCUGUGGCUCGCCCCCCUACGCCGCGCCCGAGCUCUUCAAGGAGAAGGGUUACACGGGGCGGCACGUGGACAUCUGGGCACUGGGCAUCCUCCUCUACUUCAUGGUCACGGCCUCCAUGCCCUUCUACGCUGAGAACUUGGGCCGGCUGAAGCGUUGCAUCCUGCAGGGCUCGUACGGCAUCCCCUCCUACGUCUCCGAGCCCUGCCAGCAGGUCAUCAAGGCCAUCCUCCGGCCUGUGCCCGCUGACCGCUCGUCCAUCGCCCAGAUCAUGGGCAGCGCCUGGCUCCGCGGCAUCGAGUUCCCCCAGCCCUACGCCUCCUUCCACGCCACCCCUUCCCACCUGGCCGAGGCCCAGCCCCUGAGUCCUGAGGAGCAGGAGGUCAAGCGCGCCCUGAGGGACCUGGGCAUCACGGAGGUCCAUCUCCAGAACAAUGCCUGCGGCGGCUCGCGGAGCCCCAUCACCGGCAUCUACCGCAUCCUCCUGCACCGCGUCCAGAAGCGGCGGUCCGUGGAUGCCGUGGGCUACGCCGCCAUGAGCUCGGAGGAGUUCCAGCCCGCCAGGCGAUGGGCGCGGAACACGGCCACAGAGAGACACGACCCCUCGGCCGUCUGCAUCCUCCUGUAGGAGAAAUCGCCACUCCGGCCAGGCGGGCUGGAUCAAGAGGCCGGGAGGUGAGGAGCACAAGGACGUGUGCGAGACGUUCCCAGUAAGCCAAAGGCGUCACAUAGCGGUCGACUGCUUAAGAAGGCAUCCUGACUUGCCUGCGCGGGGGAAAGGAGCUGUGAAUGGAAUGGACCAGGCUUGCCCAUGAGUUACUCCUCAGAGUGGGGGUGAUCUGGGUUAGAGCUGAAAGGAGACAAAGCUCUAAGGAAGAAGAACUAGCACAAAACAAAAUAUGGGAACCUUAUGAGCAAGUUUAUUUGAAAAUAAUUCAGUCAUGUUAAAGCUCUUUAUGAUACUGAUUUUAUACAGGCUGUAUUAUAUACUCUGUUAACAGUGUUAUAACUUGUACAUUUAGUGUUAUAUUUAAUAUAUGGUAUGUUAUAUUAUAUAUUAAAAUAUGUGCUGGGGGUGGAAAGCAGAUUUGCAAAAAUCCUCAAUGUCACACUCCUCCUGGUGGUAAGAGGUCUGCGCGAGUGGUGCUGAACGCACUGGUGCUCCUGGUGUUCAGCUGUGGCGCGGGCGCCCCCUUGUGUGGGUUUGUCUCAUUUCGAAAACCCCAGAGGGUUUAAAAGAAAGCGAUUGUGAUCUGCUAGCAAAAUGCCAUGCUUACAGAUUAGGUGCAGGUGCUCAUUUUUCUGGAUAUUAUUUAAAAUAAAUCCCAGGUUUUUUAUUGCGAUGAGCUGGCACAGCUGAUAGUGACAGCUUGGUUGUGUUACCUACCUAUGCGUUAAGGCAAUUGUCUUGCAGAAUGUGCAGGAUCUCUUUUUGUUGAAUCAUCCUGUCUUGUAAAACUCUGUCUAGAAAAUGAUGUGAAUAUAAACAGCAUGUUACUAGGAAACGCAUCCUCUUCUCCACUUAAUCCCUGAAGUCGAGCUUCUGAUUGUGAGUGUUUAAAAUGAUCUUUCUGGGUACUGUGAAUGAUUGACUCUGGAUGAAGAUACUGUGAAAACGCAAAAUCAGUUUUGCAAAACUAUAGAAUAAAGGA